CGUCACGGAGCGAAGGGCCUGAUCUCAGAGAGUCUUCCGGAGUGAAUCAGUUUUUAACAGAGGAAUUAAAGCUCAGAGCAGUGAUUGUAACGGUGCAUUGUGUUCAUAAGCGAAUCUCUAUGGCUGAUGUGAUCGGCUAGAGGCUCGGAUCAGGCUUUGUGUUUGUGUCAGAGAGAGUUUGAGCAUGGCGGCUGCUGGAGGGAAGACGUACUCGUUCAAGGUGGUGUUGCUGGGGGAGGGAUGCGUCGGCAAAACAUCGCUGGUGCUGCGAUACUGCGAGAACAAAUUCAACGACAAGCACAUCACUACUCUACAGGCAUCAUUCCUUACAAAGAAGCUCAAUAUCACAGGGAAGAGAGUAAAUUUGGCUAUAUGGGACACAGCUGGUCAGGAGCGUUUCCAUGCUCUUGGGCCCAUCUACUACAGAGACUCAAACGGAGCCAUUUUGGUGUAUGACGUCACAGAUGAGGACUCAUUUCAGAAGGUGAAAAUCUGGGUAAAAGAAUUAAGGAAAAUGUUGGGGAAUGAAAUAUGUUUAUGUAUAGUAGGCAAUAAAAUUGACCUGGAAAAAGACAGACAUGUUUCAGUUGAAGAGGCAGAAGGAUAUGCAGAGUCAGUGGGUGCAAAACACUAUCACACAUCAGCCAAAUUAAACAAAGGAAUAGAGGAGUUGUUUCUGGACUUGUGUAAACGUAUGAUGGAGAACGCUCAGGCAGAUGAGAGAUCGAAGGGGAACGGCACGGGUCACACGAGCACACGAACGAGAGGCGUUCAGAUCGUCGAUGAUGAACCACAAACUGCCAUGGCUGCCGGAGGCUGCUGUUCAUCUGGAUAAAUGCAUUGAAUCCUUUUACCUGGGACCCCCUCUUGCUCUGUUCUGUGUAUAAACUGCCACAUGCCACAGCUACACACAUACGCUACAGCUCUGUCAUUUAACAGUUUGUUCCUUCAUGAAACGGUUGAUUAAAUACUUGUCAGAUUGACCCACACUGAUGAUAUUCACGUUGGCAAAUUAAUACAAAUAGCUUCCAAAUGGCCGGUCUUAUAAAACAGACAUGCACUGAUGUAUUUUCCUAACUAUCUGAUGCAUUUGCCCUUUUUCUUUCGCCAAGGUGAUGUGCAUGUAGAAUCUGUAAAAUCCUAGUUUUAUUUGACAUCAUAGGAAAAAAGUUAUUUAUUAUUUAAUAACUUAUUUAAAAGUUAUAUCAAACAUCAACAUGUCUAAAGACCUGUGAACUUGUAGUAAUCAAUGGGGUUUUGUCAUUCUUAUACAGUCUAAUUCUGUCUUUCAAAUCUUCUGUAUCUUUCUUAAAAAUAAGAAAUUAAAAACUAUCUAGAACAUUUAAACUCCUUGUAGAUUUUAUUUUCUCUCUCUCUCUCUCUCUCUCUCUCUCUCUCAAUGAUUUAACACUAUAAUUGAAGGGGGGAAAUUUGCUUGCUAAAUUCUAAUAGGGGAAAUAUUCAAUAUUGUGUACUUUUUUUUUUUUUUUCCAAGUUAUCAAAAACAACACAGUGACUCAGAAAAGGGUUCAUGAUGUAUGAAUGUAUAUUGAAUUAUACAGCUGUGGUAAAACACUUAUUUUGGAAUUGUGUUUUUAACUUCUACUUUUACAAUGAAUGUUCAAUAUUUUAGUUUUUCAAGCCCUGAACGUUUGUUUGAAGUACUAAUAGUUUCAAAUCAUCGCCUGAGGUGCAGCUCUCAGCCUACUGUGCCUUUAAAUAAAACCGUCUAGAUUGACCAAUUCUUUCUGUCUUCUAUCAUAUCUCAUUAGUAAGUAUUUAUUCAUUUCAUAGUCCUUUGGAAAUUAUUUAUAGGCUUUUCUUCAACUGUGGGCACUUUUCUUGCACUAGUGAACUUCUAGAAAAUAAAUUCUUGAAACACAUUUCACACUUACUAGUUUAUUCAAAUAUUCUGCUAACAAUAUCCAACAGUGUAUACAGCACAGGAGAAUGUCUUGCUAAGGUUAAUUUCACAGCUAGCAUUUUAUUUAUCUUAAAUACAAAUAUUUUCACACCGUUUGCUUAAUUUGACAAAAUUACAGCUUGAUUGAAAAUGAUGCCUAAUAAAAGAAUUCUGU